AACGUGCCAAAAUGUCUCUUCGGGUCUUUUCACAUUUUGUAGAUAGCCAUGGGCUGUCCGUUCUCCUCACAUGACUGGCCUACCUCUUUUUCCAAUCUUAAUCUGGUCGUCAUGAGGUACUGAUAGUCACUAUCCCUGUUCUAUUCAAACACCCGAAUCAACGGGUCCCACAUUCAUCUUGGUGAUUGAGCUUUCCAUCCGUCGAACUAAACUAACUAUUGGAAGGCUGUGUUCAGUUUCACAAUGGUCAACCUUGCUGCAGCAAAUGCAGAAUUCUGCUUCGAUCUUUUCAAAGAGAUGAACACCAAUCAAGCAAAUAGCAAUGUCUUCUUUUCUCCUGUAAGUCUCUUCAUUGCUCUCUCCCUGGUACGGAUGGGUUCCAGAGGUGACUGUGCAAAGCAGAUUGAUAAGGUGCUUCAUUAUCAGAAUGACCCAGAAUCUUCAAAUUCUCAGGGACUCCAGUCUCAGAUGAAAACACUUCUCUCAGAAAUAAACACAUCUAGUGAUGAUUAUGAACUCAAAAUAGCCAACGGUCUGUUUGCAGAAAAGAUAUUUGAUUUCCAAAAGAAUUUUUUAAAAUGUGCUGGAAGCUUAUAUGAUGCCAAAAUAGAGCGUGUAGACUUUACAACCUCUGUAGAAAUAACCAGGAAUAAGAUUAACCAAUGGAUAGAGAAUCAAACAAAUGGCAAAAUCAAGAAUAUCUGUCCAGAAGGUAGCAUUAGCUCAUCAUCAGUAAUGUUGCUGGUGAAUGCUGUGUACUUCAAAGGGAAAUGGGAUGGGGCAUUCACUAAAAAUGAAACUGUAACUUGCCGUUUCAAGUCCUCCAAGUGCCCUGGGAAAACAGUCAACCUCAUGCAUCAAGAACGCAAGUUUAACAUGACUAUCAUUAGCGACCCCGAUAUGCAGGUCCUUGAGCUCAAAUAUGUUGGUGGAAUAAGCAUGUACAUACUACUACCUGAAAAUAGUCUCUCAGAGGUUGAAAAUAAACUGACUUAUCAGAAUUUAAUGAACUGGACCAACCCCAAAAGAAUGAAGUUGCAGUCUGUGGAAGUAUUUGUUCCUCGUAUCAGGAUUGAAGAAACUUACCAAAUCAAGAGACAUUUAAAAGCUCUGGGAAUGACGUAUGCCUUUGAUGAAUCAAAAGCAGAUCUUUCUGGAAUUGCCUCAGGAGGACGUUUAUAUUUAUCAAAAACACUGCACAAAUCCUACAUAGACAUUACUGAAGAUGGCACCGAGGCAGCAUCUGCCACUGGAAGUGUCACUGCAGAAAAGCAACUCCCAAAAUCUACUUUAUUUAGGGCUGAUCAUCCAUUCCUGUUUAUCAUCAGGAAGAAUGACAUCAUUUUGUUUGCUGGAAAAGUCUUAUGCCCUUGAAAUCUAGGGGAUGGACAGUGUGUGUGCUUGUGUGUGUGUGUGUGUGUGUGGUGACUUCCUGCUUAAAUUGUCCCUGGUUCAUGAGGGAACAAGCAUAAAUGGAUAGAAUUACAAUCACAUGAAGGGGCCCAGUAUUGACCUUAUAUUAACUUUUCUCCUAACAUUAGUUUCCUCAUUUAAAGAAAAAAAGGAUUGGCAAGCACACAAACUAACUGAUUCACUACUGCCCAACACACUUUCUGAUGCAUCCAUUUCAUUGAUAGCCUCACUAACGGCUACCAUUUUCCUUACCUCCAUUCAUGUCUGUGCACUGCAUCUCUCUAGCCUCUCAAAAUGGAUUAUGUAUCAGCAUAAUGGGAAUGUUCAAAGCAAAUUUCUAGGCAGUAAAGGAGAAGCUACAUUCCUUAAGUUAUUUUCCUAAACUUUGCACGUGCCACAGGCAUUCUAAUUGGAUUAUAAAUAUUCUAGAAACCAAUGCAUAUGACUUUAAAUAAGUCUAAAGGAUUUUUAUUUUGCUAACUUGAGAUGCCAGAAUUCCUUUAACAUAGCUAAAUCUCUCUAACAUAGCUACUCUAGUUCAUAGUUCUAAAGUGUAAUUUAGAAUUUACCAGAUUCUAGCUUUUUUUAAAAAAAAUGGGAACAAAAAGAAAUCCCUAUACAUAAAUAUAUUUUAAGUGAUGGCUCUCUGUCUCUUCCUACUAGGUGAAACAUGUGGAGGACUUAACUUGUGUAUAUUCUUUUGUUUUCUUUUUUCCUUGUAUUCAUGUUCAUUAAUUAAAUCUUGUUACUUCUUUUGUUUCA